AUGCCAUCAGACCACCCUCAGGCCAGCCCUCAGCCCACCAGGCUGUCUCUCAGCCCAUCAGACCACCCUCAGGCCAUCAGACCACCCUCAGGCCAGCCCUCAGCCCAUCAGGCUGUCUCUCAGCCCAUCAGACCACCCUCAGGCCAGCCCUCGGCCCAUCAGGCUGUCUCUCAGGCCAUCAGACCCCCCUCAUGCCAUCAGACCACCCUCAGGCCAUCAGUCCACCCUCAGGCCAGCCCUCAGCCCAUCAGGCUGUCUCUCAGGCCAUCAGACCCCCCUCAGGCCAUCAGACCACCCUCAGCCCAUCAAACCCCCCUCAUGCCAUCAGACCACCCUCAGGUCAGCCCUCAGCCCAUCAGACCACCCUCAGGCCAUCAGACCACCCUCAUGCCAUCAGACCACCCUCAGGCCAGCCCUCAGCCCAUCAGGCUGUCUCUCAGGCCAUCAGACCACCCUCAGCCCAUCAGACCACCCUCAGGCCAGCCCUCAGCCCAUCAGGCUGUCUCUCAGGCCAUCAGACCACCUUCAGCCCAUCAAACUCCCCUCAUGCCAUCAGACCACCCUCAGGCCAUCAGACCACCCUCAGGCCAUCAGACCACCCUCAGGCCAGUCCUUAGCCCAUCAGGCUGUCUCUCAGGCCAUCAAACCCCCCUCAGGCCAUAUGACCACCUCAGGUCUGCUCUCAGGCCACCCCCAAGCCCAUCACACUGCUCCUCAGCCCAUUGGACCGCCUUCAUCAUGCUUUUCAUUUUUAUUCAAAGUAAUUCACAAGUGAAGAAUCACAGUUAA